GGUUUAGAACCUAAUAUUUUCGCUUCACCGGCGGGCGGCAACCUCACCUUAGCCGUCCGCCGGACCUCAACCUAUUCCGUUUAUUUUCUACACAUACCUUCUCUUUCCAGCGAUGAUCUCCCUCCGCCGACCACGAUAUUCGACCACCUCCUCUCUCCUCUCACCUUCCCACACUUCUCUCUCUUCUCUCUGUUUUCUCUCUCUAUAUAUAUUCUCUCUCUAUAUAUAGUCCUGUGUAUAUAUAUAUACAUUGAUUGAUUGAUCAUGUCGCCCAACAAUGGAGUAUCGUCGUCAGGGAGUCUGAUCGUGUGCUUCGGGGAGAUGCUGAUCGACUUCGUGCAGACGGUGUCUGGAGUGUCGUUGGCCGAGGCGCCGGGAUUCCUCAAGGCUCCCGGCGGAGCUCCGGGGAACGUGGCGAUCGCCAUUACCAGACUCGGAGGGAAGUCGUCGUUCGUCGGAAAACUCGGCGACAACGAGUUCGGCCACAUGUUGGCCGGUAUCUUGAAGGAGAACGGCGUCUCCGGCGACGGCAUCCUCUUCGACAAGGGCGCCAGGACUGCCCUCGCCUUCGUGACCUUGAAAGCCGACGGAGAACGCGCGUUCAUGUUUUACCAGAACCCUAGCGCCGACAUGCUCUUGACUCCCGAUGAACUCAACCUCGAGCUUAUCAGAAAGGCUAAAAUUUUCCAUUACGGAUCGAUAAGCUUGAUCGUGGAGCCUUGCAGAUCGGCUCAUUUGAAGGCAAUGGAGGUGGCAAAGGAUGCCGGUGCCUUGCUCUCUUAUGAUCCCAACCUCCGGCUGCCACUGUGGCCGUCAGAGAAGGAGGCGUGUGAACAAAUCAUGAGCAUCUGGGACAAGGCAGAGGUGAUCAAGGGUUGCAAAUAUUACACUAAGAAUUUCCGUGGAUGUGUGGAUGGAUUCCCUGUCAAAGCAGUGGAUACAACUGGUGCCGGUGACUCGUUUGUUGGUGCUCUCCUAUGCAAGAUUGUUGAUGACCGAUCUGUACUUGAGGAUGAAGAAAAGUUGAAGUGCAUAGUGCUGGUGGGACCUCCCACUAGCAAAAGCAAGUUAUAAUCCUAAUUACCCUCUCUCCACUAAUUCCUUUUAUUCUUAUUAUUAUUAUGAACAACCUCAGAACCCAUGUGCUCUUUGAUCCCUUU